GGAGAGUGGGUCUUGGCCAAGAGUGCGGCCAUUUUUGCUCAGCUUCCGCCAAGUUCCCUGUUGUACAAUCCGUCAAAAUUCCGAACCAUCUCAGGGAACUUUGCUUGUAUAAUCUUUAAGAGAGAGACUGAAAUUAUUCCGAUAGGAUUGCUGGUUGUAUUUCUUUAGCUCUAAGAGCUAAAUAGGCAAUUCUAAGGCAAGAAACUACGUAAUAUUUGCCUCGGGAUUCUAGCUGUGUAUAACUUGCGUUACGAUUAUGGGGACGAAAGACGAUGAAUACGACUAUCUUUUCAAAGUUGUACUUAUUGGAGAUUCGGGAGUAGGAAAGUCAAACCUUCUCUCACGGUUUACAAGAAAUGAGUUCAAUCUUGAGUCUAAAUCGACCAUUGGAGUUGAAUUUGCUACAAGAAGUAUUCAAGUAGAUGGUAAAACCAUAAAAGCACAGAUCUGGGACACUGCUGGACAAGAGCGAUACAGGGCCAUAACUAGCGCAUAUUAUCGUGGAGCUGUAGGAGCCCUGCUAGUAUACGACAUUGCUAAACACCUUACAUAUGAGAAUGUGGAAAGAUGGUUGAAAGAACUCCGUGAUCAUGCAGACAGCAACAUUGUUAUCAUGCUUGUUGGAAACAAGAGCGAUUUACGUCAUCUAAGGGCAGUGCCUACAGAUGAGGCAAAGGCAUUUGCAGAAAAAAAUGGUUUGUCAUUUAUUGAGACUUCUGCACUUGACUCUACAAAUGUUGAAGUGGCCUUCCAUAACAUAUUAACAGAAAUCUAUCAUAUUGUAUCCCAAAAGCAGAUCCAUGAUUCUCCAUCUUCUGAUGGCAGCCAUCCUAGCAACAAUGUGCAGACAAUUCAUGUAGCACCAACAACAGAUGACGACAGGAAGAAGAGGGUCCAGUGUUGUAAUGCGUAGAAAUACUGACUGGUCUGAGUGAAUGUACAGAGAAUUACGUCAAUCAGAACAAAAGAUGCUUAUUCAGUACCUUUGAGUGUCCCGAGGGAUUCUUUCAUACUUUUCAAAGUUAUUUGCCAUCUGUUAGGAGCAAGAUGCCUUGUUGUUACUUUCAGAGUAGAGAAUGUGUAUUUGCCCCAUCUCAUUCUAAAGCAUCAUUUUGAUUGCUAAGAAAAAGAAACAUUAAUUUAACCAUCUGUAAAUGAAUUUAAAUGUAUAAAAUUUUAGCCCUGUAUUAAGUACCGCCAAGUCGCAUUUGAAUUCUGCAUGUUGUUAUUUGCACAUUCAAAUAAUCUUCCCUACUGCUCUAGUGUAAUUAAUAAAGUAAAUAACAGGAGUAAAGCUUGUUUAUGAUAUUGAUUAAAACUGAAUAAGCUUUUUUUUUAAUGGGAUAGACUCUGCCACAGUUACACAAUGGUGUAACUAGGCUGUAUCUAAAGUUCUAAUUGGGUCUGUGAUGCAGUAAAAAGAGAGUACAGUAUCCAAACCCUCAUUUUUAUAGGUAUUGUUCAUUUGUUUUGUGGGAUGCAUCACAGUUUUUUUUUCUCCAAACACAAGCUUAUUCUUGCCAUUUCCAUGUUUGUAAGAGAAUUGUGCUUGUUUUACCUUGGUAUUCUUCAGUGUUCAUCAUCUACUUUUUGUAUUGUACGUUUUAGUUAUUGUAAAAUAAUUGUUGAAAUAUGCUUCGUUCUUAUAGUACAAAAUUAUAAAUUGUUUCUUGGCAAA